ACUCCAGUCACGUGCCUGUCAAACCCUACAACCUCACGCAGCCGUCAACAUAACUGAGGAAGUAGCGAGAAGCUAACGAGGCUAACGACUAACUAAGUGCUAAAACGGUGUUUGCUAACCAAAGCUCGUGAGUUAACUUGCGCUGCGUUGGUCUUUGUUAACUAAGCAGCUAAACGUUAGGCCGGUUUUCGGUUGACGUGAAGUGAGAGGAAACAAUGUUACAGAGGGAGUAGCCGUUGUUUGGCUAACUUCUGAGCUAGCAUGCUAAUGAUCAGCUGUUGUUGUGGUCGGACACAUAGCUGGCUAACGAGCCGAACUGUAUAGCUGAGCAGCAGACGCAGAUACCGGGCUCCAACCGCAGCACAUUUCCGCAUCGCCGGUCAAAACACCGAGCAGCUCAGUUGUUUGAUGGCGACAGAUAAAAGUGUUCCGCCCUGACAGACUCACCAGCGGUCAGUCAGUCAGCUGUUUGUCCGACAGGCGUCAACUCCGUGCGGGAUUGAUCCGGCAGAGAGGUGUGCAAUUCAAUCAGCCGUUACUGCUUCAAGAUGCAUGACGCCUAUGAGCCGGUGCCUAUUUUGGAAAAGCUUCCUCUCCAGAUCGACUGUCUUGCGGCCUGGGAGGACUGGCUGCUGGUUGGAACAAAGCCAGGCCAUCUCCUCCUCUACCGAAUAAAGAAGGACCCAGGCUCCAACCGGUUUGAGGUGACUCUGGAAAAAUCCAACAAGAACUUCUCUAAGAAGAUUCAGCAGCUUUAUGUCGUCUCACAGUACAAAAUCCUGGUCAGUCUUCUGGAGAACAACAUCCAUGUCCAUGACCUCCUCACCUUCCAGCAGAUCACAGUGGUGUCCAAAGCCAAAGGAGCCACUCUGUUUGCAUGUGACCUGCAGCAAACCAGCUCAGGGGAGGAGAGGCUGAGAAUGUGUGUUGCAGUGAAGAAGAAACUGCAGCUGUAUUAUUGGAAGGACCGAGAGUUCCACGAACUGCAGGGGGACUUUGGCGCUCCAGAUAUUCCGAAGUCCAUGGCCUGGUGUGAGAACUCCAUAUGUGUCGGUUUCAAACGAGACUAUUACCUCAUCCGGAUGGAUGGUCGUGGCUCCAUCAAGGAGCUCUUCCCUACUGGGAAACAGUUGGAGCCGCUGGUUGCCCCACUGGCUGAUGGGAAGGUGGCCGUCGGGCAGGAUGACCUAACUGUGGUGCUCAACGAAGAGGGCGUCUGCACCCAGAAGUGUGCCCUGAACUGGACAGAUAUCCCCAUCGCCAUGGAGCACCAGCCUCCCUACAUCAUAGCGGUUCUGCCUCGCUACGUUGAGAUCCGGACCUUCGAGCCGAGGCUGCUGGUGCAGAGCGUGGAGCUGCAGAGACCACGAUUCAUCACCUCAGCAGGGCCAAAUAUCGUCUACGUUGCCAGCAACCACUUCGUGUGGCGCCUGGUUCCUGUGUCGAUAGCCAGCCAGAUCCGGCAGCUUCUUCAGGACAAGCAGUUUGAACUGGCUCUUCAGCUGGCGAAGAUGAAGGAUGAUUCGGAUGGCGAUAAGAAGCAGCAGAUACAUCACAUCCAGAAUCUCUAUGCCUUCAACCUGUUUUGCCAGAAGAGAUUUGAUGACUCCAUGCAGGUGUUUGCCAAACUCGGCACAGAUCCCACACAUGUGAUCGGACUCUACCCGGACCUGCUCCCAUCUGACUAUCGCAAACAGCUGCACUACCCAAACCCUCUGCCUACUCUGUCUGGGGCAGAGCUGGAAAAGGCUCAUCUCGCUCUUAUUGAUUACCUCACCCAGAAACGAAGCCACCUUGUGAAACAGCUGAAUGACUCUGAUCCUUCUACAACGUCUCCACUCAUGGAGGGCACACCCACCAUCAAAAGCCGCAAAAAACUGCUGCAGAUCAUUGACACCACCCUGCUGAAAUGUUACCUGCACACCAAUGUGGCCCUCGUGUCCCCCCUCCUUCGUCUGGAAAACAACCACUGCCACAUCGAGGAGAGCGAGUACGUCCUGAAGAAGGCGCACAAGUACAGCGAGCUCAUUAUUCUCUACGAAAAGAAGGGCCUGCACCAGAAAGCUCUGCAGGUGCUCCUCGAUCAGUCCACCAAGGCCAACUCUCCUCUGAAGGGCCACGAGCGAACGGUGCAGUACCUCCAAAGACUGGGGUUGGAGAAUCUGGGUAUAAUCUUCGAGUUCUCUCCCUGGGUGCUGAAGAUCUGUCCUGAAGAUGGCCUGAAGAUCUUUACUGAAGACUUGACAGAGGUGGAGACUUUGCCCAGAGACAAGGUGUUACAGUUCCUGAAGGAGGGCUUUGAGGAGCUCGCCAUCCCAUAUUUGGAGCACAUCAUUUACAUCUGGGACGAGAAGGGCCCCGAGUUUCACAACGUGCUCAUCCAGCUGUACCUGGGGAGAGUUCAAGGCCUCAUGAAGCAGUAUCUGAACUCACUGCCAGAAGGGGUUCCAGCUGUUGCUGCAGGGCAGGAGAAAGGUGAACUGGGAGAGUUCAGGAACAAGCUGCUGUCUUUUCUGGAUAUUUCUACCAGCUAUGAACCCUCCAGACUCAUCAGCGACUUUCCCUUUGAUGGUCUGCUAGAGGAGCGAGCUCUGCUGCUGGGCCGGAUGGGCAAACACGAACAGGCGCUCUUCAUCUACGUCCACAUCCUGAAGGACACCCGCAUGGCUGAAGAAUACUGUCACGGGCAUUACAACAGCUCAGUGGAGGGAAAUAAGGAUGUGUAUCUGUCUCUGCUGCGAAUGUACCUGUCACCUCCUGACGUCCACUGCCUGGGGCCCAUCAAGAUGGAGCUGUCGGAGCCUCAGGCCAACCUCCAGGCAGCCCUGAAGGUCCUGGAGCUGCACCACAGCAAACUCAACACCACCAAGGCCAUCAACCUGCUGCCAGCAAACACUCAGAUCCGAGAGAUCCGGGUUUUCCUGGAGAGCGUCCUGGAGGAGAAAGCUCAGAGGAAACGCUGCAACCAGGUGCUGAAGAGUCUGCUGCAGGCCGAGUUCCUCAGGGUGCAGGAGGAACGAAUCUUCCACCAGCAGGUUAAAUGUGUCAUAACAGAAGAAAAGACCUGCAGAGUCUGCAAGAAGAAGAUAGGAAACAGUGCGUUCGCCAGGUAUCCCAACGGCGUGGUGGUGCAUUACUUCUGCUGCAAAGACCGGAACGUGUGUCCCACCGAGCAGUAACGUCCUCCUGACUGGGACUCUGAAGGAGAAAAAGGUUUGCUCAGAAACCAGAGCAGCUCGAAAAGGACGUUUUUUUUUAAGAACUAGAACCUCCUCCCGAAAGCAAAUAAACUCUUCUCUGCAUGAAGCAACAGGAGGAAUGUUCGCUCGACAGGUGGGGAGGAGAUGAAGACGUAAAAAAGAGGGGCUGUGACAUUUGAAAGCAUGUGUCGCUGUAACGCUAGAAGAGGAUUGGCUGCCUGAAAACAGAACCAGCGCUUGUUGACAGGAGUUGGCGCCCAGCGGGAGGCGAUUACGAGCCUCGGUCAACGGUCGUCUUUUUGUUUUUCCCCUCCUGUGACACUGUUUAGGCCUCAAACGAAGCUUGAUCCACCAUAUAGACUCUGCAGGAGUUCUGUUAAAUGCCUUCUGUGACUCUGAAGAUUGUACUUACAGUGAAGUCUUUUUUUUGUUGUUGUUGUUGCCGGUACUGAUGAAAAGAGCUUUUUUUUCUGUCUUACAGCAUGUUUUUGAUGCAGCUCCUCCAGCUAACAUUAGUCACAGCUGUGUUCUUUUUCCUCGUUUAUUGUUUGACUACAUCCACUCUUAAUGCUAUUUUUUGGUGUUUUUUUUCUGUUUAUUUUCUUCUCUAUGAAGCAAAAUUAACAUUUAAAGCGACACCAAAGUGCAAAUUACAGAUUAAUCGCCAACUUCUUCCAUUUCAGACCAUCCUGAUUCUUUGAUUAAUGCAUUAAAGGAGAUAAUCAGCAGCUGUUUUGAUAUUUAAUAAACUUUAUCUGUAAUUUUUGAAGCAAAACAAUCAAAUUAAACCACAUCCAGCUCCUUAGAUAUGGCGCUAAACCGAGUAUCUUUAGUUUUGGACAAUUGAUUGGUCAAAAAAAUGCAAACUUAAAAGGUCAGUGUGGUCUCAGAGAAAUCACAAGUUGUUUUUUUUAAUGAUUGAUUUAUUAGUCUGAAUAAUUAGCAACUAUUUCUUCUGCUUCUGAGAUGUGGGAACAAACCGAAUAUCUUUGGCUUUUGGACUGUUGAUUGGUCAAAACAGUGCAAAUUUAACAGGUCAGUGUGGUGGCUUGUGUUAAAUUAAAUAGUCUGAAUAAUUAGCAGCUAUUUUACUACAAAUUCCACCAGAUCCAGCUUCUUUUUUGCCACUAAACUGAGCAUUUUUGGCAUUUGGACUAUCGAUUGGCCAUAAAUGCUAAUUUCAAAGGUAGAUGUAGUCUCAGAGAAAUAGAAAGUUACUUUUCAAUGAUUAAUUGAUUAAUUAGUCUGAAUAAUUAGCAGUUAUUUUACUUUUUUCCUCCAAUUAAAAUUGACAGAUUUCACCAGAUCGAGCUUCUUUUGUGCCACUGAACUGCAUAUCUUGAGUGUUUGGACUAUUGAUUGGCCAAAAAAACGCAAAUUUAAAAGGUCAGUGUGGUGGCUUGUGUUGCUUUUUAAUCGUUAAUGAAUUAGUCUGAAUAAUUAGCAGCUAUUUUACAACUAAUUUCACCAGAUUCAACUUCUUUAUUGCCACUAAACUGAAUAUAUUUGGUGUUUGGGCUGUUGAUUGGCCAUAGGAAGCUCAUUUAAGAGGUAAAUGUGGGCUCAGAUGAAGUGAAAGUGGCUUUUUUUCACAGAAUUUUUUUCUAUUUUGUCGACUUAAUUGGUACAAAUAAACAUCAGAUGCCCUUGAUCUGUGUGGAAAUGGAGAUGAGUCAGAGUUGGCUGCUGACUAAUUGAGGCAAAAGUGCAUUUAGUUGCUCACAGGGUCACUUUUUAUUAUUUAAAAGAAGGUAUUUUGUUAUUUCAUCUUUAAAAGUUACCCAGUCUCGCUGUAAGACAGAUCACAGAAGUACAGCACUUUAAAAGUGGGUCGUUUUCCUGUUUGUUUAUUGUCCAAUCACACGUCUGCGCGAAAGAACUGGAAGUAAUAUGAACCACUCGGAUAGGUUCGAUCGAUUUGUGCGUUUUAACGGCAAUACUGUUCUGAAACGCGUCUGUUUACUAUCUGUCUGGGAGGUAAUUAAAGAAGCAGGAUUAUGAAGUUUAUCAAAAAUUAAGAAGGAUUUUGGUUCUGCUGAGUGAAAUCAGUUUAAACGCAUCUGAAGAACGUGUUAAAUCCACCUUUUUCCUGCCAGCUGUAGCAUCCUCUGCGUCUCCUGCUCCUUUAAAUAUCGCCUCUUCUUCCUCCACAUUUAGAGGGUUUGCACACGUCCUCUUGCUAAGACUGUUUCAGAUUUGUACCGCUUGUGUGUUUACUGUACAGAGACUGGGAGUGUUAGCGAUGAAUUUAUCACCGAGGUUUGUUUGACUGUGAAGGGCGACUCGGCAUCUGUGUGUCUGGCUGUAAUCGGUAAUAAACAAGCAUUUCCACUCA